AUGACAUCCGUUCACGUUUAUACGCCAACUGCAAAAUUUCUUUUAACCGAUAAAGAAGAUACGGAAGACAUGGUCGCUGAUGUAAAAAAAAUUAGUGAAGAUAUAAUUAAAAUAUUGGAGUCGGAUGCAGCUGGAAUGGUUAUAGACCUUUUCGUGACUAAUGGUCACAUAUACCUUUCGUAUCUUGCUAAAGUAGUUAAAGGAGUAGAAAUGCUCGAUGAAUUUAUUGAAAAACAUGAAAAAGAGGAACCAAUUGAAGAAAAAUUACUUCGAAAUAUCGAUCGAAGCAUCACAAUAUACGCAUUAAACGAUUUGGAAUCUGAUAUAAAGUCGAUUGAAAAUCGCGUUAAACGCAUGAUGAAAGAUGAUCUUUCCAUCGAGGAUCGAAAGCGUGAAGUAGUGCCUGCAUUCCACAGUUGCCAAAAGAUCCUUUUUAAUUUUGAGAAAACUGACCAUGUCUUUUAUGCGCAUCCGUUACUCACCACGCCCUGCUUGAUUGGGUUCAUCCGCUGUUAUCUUUCAGUGAUUGCAAUCGCGGUUUCGAUUGAUCCCACUUAUAAUGACGAAUCCAUUUGUGAAAAGGAGCGACUCAAAAAAGUGUUGGAGGUCUACAAAGAGAAUACUAUCGACGCAAGACUCAAGAUAAUCGAAAUUAUAAAAAUAAAAGAAAAUGCUAUCGACUUUACCGCCGUUAAGAGCGACAUUAAGGAACAUAUGAAAGAUUGGAAAACGAUUCAGCAUAAUGCUAAACGUAUGCUUGACUUUGAUAUGGUUAAAGAAAGAUUUAAAGAAAAAAAAAGUGAAUUUUCGCGUGACUUAGAUAUUGUACGAGAUGAAUUUGGAUAUGGGAAUAAGAAAAAACAUACUUGGAAUCGUAAAGCUUGGGAUCAGCAAAAUCACACAAAAGAUAAUCUCUCUUAUCCAAUGGUGGUGAAAAUGGUGUAUGAGGCAUUUUUCAAUGAUCUAAUAGAAUGUAUUUAA